GUAGGCCCCGAGUCGGGUCGCCACGUAGUGCGCGUCAAGAUGGCCGCGCAUCCAGGUCGACAGAAAUAGUCGGUGGAAGCGGCGCGCGGUGGACGCUCGACGCCCGAUGCUAGAUUUGGCGCGGAGGAGCGUCGCGCGGGCGCCAUGGGCGUGAAGGCGGCCGGCCCGGCGUGGUGCGUCGUGCUGCUGGCGGCGUGCACGGCCUGACGGAACAUUCCGCCCCACAGCAUGGCCUCGGUCGCCGCUUGGCUGCCGUUCGCGCGGGCGGCGGCCAUCGGCUGGGUCCCCAUCGCCACGCACCCGCUCCCACCGCCGCCCAUACCCAAGGACCGGCGUAAGGCCGACGACGAGAAGCUGCUGAUCAACGUGUCCGGCCGGCGUUUCGAGACGUGGAGGAACACGCUCGAGAAGUACCCCGACACCCUGCUCGGCUCCAACGAGCGCGAGUUCUUCUACGACGAGGAGUGCAAAGAGUAUUUCUUCGACCGCGACCCGGACAUAUUCCGCCACAUACUCAACUACUACCGCACGGGCAAGUUGCACUACCCCAAGCACGAAUGUCUCACCAGCUACGACGAGGAGCUGGCGUUCUUCGGCAUCCUGCCGGACGUGAUCGGCGACUGCUGCUACGAGGACUACCGCGACCGCAAGCGCGAGAACGCCGAGCGGCUGAUGGACGACAAGCUGUCGGAGAACGGCGACCAGAACCUGCAGCAGCUGACCAACAUCCGCCAGAAGAUGUGGCGCGCGUUCGAGAACCCGCACACGUCGACGGCCGCGCUGGUGUUCUACUACGUGACGGGCUUCUUCAUCGCCGUGUCGGUGAUGGCGAACGUGGUGGAGACGGUGCCGUGCGGCCUGCGGCCGGGCCGCGCCGGCACGCUGCCCUGCGGCGAGCGGUACAAAAUCGUGUUCUUCUGCCUCGACACCGCCUGCGUCAUGAUCUUCACGGCGGAGUACUUGCUGCGGCUGUUCGCCGCGCCGGACCGGUGCAAGUUCGUCCGCAGUGUGAUGAGCAUCAUCGACGUGGUUGCUAUCCUCCCCUACUACAUUGGACUGGGCAUCACCGACAAUGACGACGUGUCCGGCGCGUUCGUCACGCUCAGGGUGUUUCGGGUGUUCCGAAUUUUUAAAUUUUCCAGGCAUUCCCAGGGCCUGCGCAUAUUGGGUUACACACUGAAAUCGUGUGCGUCCGAACUCGGCUUCCUUGUGUUCUCACUUGCCAUGGCAAUUAUUAUUUUCGCCACGGUUAUGUUUUACGCGGAAAAGAACGUAGACGAGACGAACUUCACCUCCAUUCCCGCUGCUUUCUGGUACACUAUAGUGACCAUGACAACAUUAGGGUACGGUGACAUGGUUCCCAAGACGAUUGCCGGCAAGAUCGUAGGAGGGGUCUGCUCUCUCAGCGGUGUGCUGGUGAUCGCUUUGCCGGUGCCUGUGAUCGUAUCCAACUUCAGUCGCAUCUACCACCAGAAUCAGCGAGCCGACAAGAGGAAAGCUCAAAGGAAAGCGCGUCUUGCUCGUAUACGGAUAGCCAAGGCCUCGUCGGGGGCGGCGUUCGUGAGCAAGAAGAAGGCGGCGGAGGUGCGACUGGCGGCGCAAGAGUCGGGCCUGGACUUGGACGAUUCCUACCACCAGGAGGACAUCUUCGAGCUGCAGCACCAUCACUUGCUGAGGUGCCUCGAGAAAACCACGGACCGCGAGUUCGUGGAGAUGGAGGUGCCGUACAACGGGCAGCCCAAGCGCCCUGGCUCGCCCUCGCCGCUGGCCAGUCCGGCGCACUCUGCGGCGAGCCACCCAGGUUUCCUGCAUGCCUGCUGCGGUCGAUGUUGUGGCCAGCGCUAUCAGAGCAUACCUUUUCUCGCGACCAGCCCGGGGAAGGACCGAGUGGUCCUAGUCUAUAGCGACAAGAUAGAAGUACGGACGAAGAAGCAGCAGAGGGGCGCCACGCCCGAGAGUCCACCCCAUGAGGAGGAGAUGAACGACAUCCAGACGCGCGUGGCGCCAACCAGUCGGUCGCCCGCCGGUAGCGAGCACACCGUGGACCGCCUGUCGCGCGCCAGCCUCAACCAGACCAACUCGGCGGUGGGCGACCAGCUCAGCAAGCCCGACUCCACCACAUCGUCCACCAUGACUGCGAGCGUGUUCGUGAACCUGCCCGCAUCCUACCCUGGCUCCGAGGUGGGGCCGGCUUCCACCAUCGCAUCGCCGGCCACACCGCCCGACGCGCACUCUGCAGUGCGCAUUUCCACGCUGUGAGCGCGCGUGCACAUGUAUGCCCAGGCUCGCCCGCGCCGAACAGACUGAAAGACUCCCAGGCUAGCUAGUCAUUUGGCCGCGUCGAGUAGGCUAAGAGGAUUACAUCAUGCGCAUGCCCAGGCUAGCCAGUCGCCACAGAUGAACAUGCUGAGUAAGCUGCGAGAAUCCCCUGUGAUGUGCAAUCCCAGGCUUGUUAGUCUUCACAAAUGGCCACGUCAAGAAAGCUUUGAGACUCCCCUGACCUGCAUGCCCUCGCUCACCAGUCGACAAAAAUGGCCGCGUCUCUCAGGCUGCAAGACUCCACAAAUAUGCAUGCUCCCGCUCGCCAGUCGUCCCAGAUGGCUGUGCAAACAGACUGCAACACUGUCCCGACAUGCAUGUUCCCGUUCGCUGGUCGUCACAAAUGACAGUGCCAUGUAGACUGCAAUACUCCCCCAACAUGCAUGCAUAGACCCGCUAGUCAUAAAAUAUGGCUGCGCUGAACAAGUUACAUCAAUCUCCCGACGUGCAUGCCCCCACUCACCCUAUGUCACACAUGGCCACGCCGAAUAGGCUUCAAGACUUACCCAACAUGCAUGCCUCCGCUCACCUGAUGACAUAAAUGUCUGCACUGAACAAGCUGCAAGAUUCCCCCGACAUGCAUGUACCCACUUGCCAGUCACCACAGAUGGCCAUACCAGCAGGCUGCAAUACUCACCCGAUAUGUAUGACCAGACUCUCUAGUCAUCACAGAUGGCUGCACCGAGCAGACUGCAACGCUUCCCCGAUGUGCAAGCCCCCACUCGCCUAAUGUCGCACAUGGUCAUGCUGACUCCCCCGACAUGCAUGUUCUCACUUGCCAGUCGUCGCAGAUGGCCGUGCCAGCCUGCUGCAAUACUGCUCCGAUGUGCAUGACCAGACUCUCUAGUCAUCACAGAUGGCUGCACCGAGCAGACAGCAACACUUCCCCGAUGUGCAUGCCCCACUCGCCUAAUGUCGCACAUGUGCAUGCCCAGUAGGCUGCAAACUUCCGUGACAUGCAUGAUCUCACUCACCACUCCUCAAAGAUGGCCGUGCCAGCAGGCUACAAUACUCUCCCGACAUGCAUGCGCAGGAUCGCCUGUCAACACAGAUGGCCGUGCUAAACAGGCUGCAAGACUACCCCAACAUGCAUGUUCCCACUUGCCAGUCGUCGCAGGUGGCCGUGCAUGCCUGCUGCAAUAUUCCCCCGAUGUGCAUGAGCAGACUCGAUAGUCACCACUAAUGGCUGCACCAGCAAGCUGCAAGUCUCUACAAAAUUCAUGCUCCUGGUCGCCAGUCGUCAUAGAUGGACAUGCCAGCAUGCUGCAAUACUCCCCCGAUGUGCAUGUCUAGGCUCGCUAGUCAUCACAGGUGGCUGCACUGAGAAGGCUGCAACAAUCCACCGAUGAGCAUGCCCCCGUUUGCCUGAUGUCUAAAAUGGACAUGCCAAGCACACUGCAACACUACUCCAACAUGGAUGUUCCUGCUUGCCAAUCGUCACAAAUGGCCGCGCCAGCAGACUUCAUGACUUCCUUGACGUGCAUGCUCAGGAUCGCCUGUCAACACAGAUGGCCGUGCCAAGCAAGCUGCAAAACUCCCCAGACAUGCAUGCUCAACCUUGGCAGUUGUUAGAGUGUGCUGCCUUGAGCAGGUUGCUAGACUUCCUUGACGCGUAAUCCUAGCCUCACAUGUGAUCACAGAUGUCACAGAUGGCUGUGCCGAGCAAUCUGCGAGACUUCCUCGACGCAUACUCCUAGACUGGCCAGUCGUCACAGAUGGCCGCGUCGGGCCGGCUCCGAGUAAUUACUCUGUCGCGUGUGGAAUAGGUUCUUGUUGUGAGACACCACGGUAAAGCAGUUAAUUGUUCCGGGACUUAUUUUAAAAAUUUGCUGUAAAAAAAACAGUCGAUUUUAUAGCAGUUUUUAUCCCUUAUUUAAAGCAAAUGUAACCAUGCAUGCACAAACCAUAAUCACACUAAGUCAUGUCCAUACAAGAUGAACAACAAAUUCCAUAAAAUGGUAUUACAAGAACGUAAAUGUAUUUCUUUUUGUGGUAGCAGAGCACUCGAUGACGUUUAUGUUGACUCAGAGAUAAUUAAGAUAUUUUUUUUAGACAUUUCAGUAAUGAAUUCUUGUAGCAUGAUAAAAAUAAUGGUUUCUUGUUACACAAUACUUGAUGAAUCUAGUUUUAAAAAUCUAAAAAUGAAUAGCAUCUUAUAAUAGAGAGUUCGAAGAACAUUGUUAUGUAGUAUAAAGGACACAACAGUUUACUCUUACAAUUUCUUCUUGAGAAAUAAGAUUUUAGAUUAAUGCAAAAGGUUUAUCAAUUCAGAUAAAAUACAAUUUUACGACAGGUAUUGGUGUUUUUAUGAGAAAAUCAUAACUUAUUUUAAAAGUAGUAUCAGUCUAUUGAUAUUUUGAUUAUACAGUUUUUAGACCAGAAUAUAUUUAUUUAUUAAAUCUUAUUUGAUAGUCCGGAAAUUUAAACUUCCUUAGUUAAUAACUUAUAUAAGUGUUCUGUUGUAAAUAAAGCGAACGUUCAAAUUAAACUAAGUAUCAAAGUAGUUACAUUUACAUCGUUUAUGAAAAUAUUAAUUUUUUUUUCAAUCCUCGUUCAUUCAUUUAAUUAUAAUGUUCUUUAUCUAUCCUAACAAAUAUUGUGAUGAAUAAUGUAUUUUGUAGAUUGUGCAAAUUGUAUUUUUAAUUUUAUUAUCUGUGGCUAAUAAGUGUUACAUAUUUUGUUGUUUACCUACAAACAGUCAUACAUAAAUAUAUACGGCAAGAAUCCUAAGGCAAUAUGUUUAUUAUUCUUGUGAAAAACAACUUUUAAAUAAAUAUAAUUGCAUCUUAAAUUUUUAUCUGAGUGAACGAGCUGUAUUUUUGUCAGUUUCGUUAUUUAGAGCUAAAAUCAUUAAUAAUUUAAGAUUUAUAAAAGUAAGCACUCUUGUGGAGAACGUUUUAAAUAAUUGUUACAUCAGCCAUAUUUCAAUCAUAAAUUAAUUUUAUCAUGUGAAAGUAGUCAUCAGUAAAUCUUUGAUUUACUUACACUGUCAAAAAUAUCCUUUUAUCUUACCAGAUGUUUUAUGUAUCUAAUUAUUUUCGUUAUUUAAAAUUCUCAUCUGCCAUGUUUAUAAUCAAAUCUGCUGUAUAAACUUUGUACGUGUUUACUGUAUCUAAAGAAAAAGUACCUUGUUGGAUCACUUAAAAAUCGAUCUAAGUUCACAUACAAAAGAAAAUUCCAAUUUUGGCCGUAGUAAUAUAUAUAUAUAUAUUUUACUGGUAAAUUGUGUGUUUCAUUACGAAUAUUGUUACCAUAGAGGCAAGCUGUAAAUUAAUAUUCAUGUGAAGUUAUGUUUGGAAAAUCUUUCAUAAGUGCUUAUUUCAUUUCUGAUUUAUGUGCCAUGAAAAGUUUAUUUUAAUCAAUAAUUAAAAUAACUUAGGUCUUUCUGGAAUAUUUACAUUAGCUUCAUGGAUUACAAUGUAGAUGCACGUAAAAAGAAUAAGCACCAAACUAAUAGCUUUCAGAAAAUUUAUGUAAAGACUUUCGUAAGUGUACGGAAAAAUCGUCUUAAGGAUUACAUUUGAUGUGAUAUUAAGAUACUGUUAUCAAUAAAAUAUUAAUAGAACUGUA